AUGGAGAACCCACACGCAGAGCGCCAGGCGGUCCUCCUCGAUCGGAUACUCAAGAAUACCGCCAAAUGCACCGAAGCGAUACUCGAGAUAAAUGCUUGUCUCGAGAGCACCGUCCGCGCCAACUCACAAGUCCGUACCGCCGCCGAUCUUUCUGCCAAAUACCGGCGCAAUGUCCAAUAUAAUCUUGAGAUGACAAAGACGGCAGUCGACGACAGCACAUCCUCCAACUGA